GGCGGGCAGACGGCCGCAGGGACGGAGUGGAUCCGGGGCGGGUGGGCAGUAAGGCGAAGCGUGAGCUGCGCGUGGUGAGCUGGGCUCCAGUGGCCGGCAGACUCCGGAGCGGCGCCCUCUCCCCGGCGCCGGAGCCGGGCCGUGGUGGUGGGGGGCAGAAUGCCGGCGCGCGCCACUUGAGGACGCCGGGACCCCUCCCCAGCCAUGGGUGUUCUGGCCUGCGUGCUCGCGCUCUGCGUGGCGGUGGCCAGAGCCGCUUCCGAACCCCCGGACACGGAGCAGCGCGCCGUGCGGAGAGCGGCAGAAGUCCCAGGACUCAAGCCCAGCCAGCAGAAGCAGGUGGCCUUUGGCAGUGGGGAUAAUGUGGAUCUGAGCUGCCACCCGCCUGGGGGUGGCCCCACAGGCCCCACUGUCUGGGUCAAGGAUGGCACGGGACUGGUGGCCUCCCACCGUAUCCUGGUGGGGCCUCAUCAGCUGCAGGUGUUGAAUGCCUCCCAUGAGGAUUCGGGGAUCUACAGCUGCCAGCAGCGGCUCACACAGCGUGUGCUGUGCCACUUCAGUGUGCGCGUGACAGAUGCUCCGUCCUCAGGAGAUGAUGAAGAUGGGGAGGACAUGGCUGAAGAUACAGGGGCCCCUUAUUGGACUCGGCCAGAGCGCAUGGAUAAGAAGCUGCUGGCUGUGCCAGCUGCCAACACUGUUCGCUUCCGCUGCCCGGCUGCUGGCAACCCCACUCCUUCUAUCUCCUGGUUGAAGAAUGGCAAGGAAUUCCGUGGAGAGCAUCGCAUAGGUGGCAUCAAGCUGCGGCACCAGCAGUGGAGCCUAGUCAUGGAGAGUGUGGUACCCUCCGACCGCGGCAACUACACCUGUGUGGUGGAGAACAAGUUUGGCAGCAUCCGGCAGACAUACACGCUGGACGUGCUGGAGCGCUCCCCGCACCGGCCCAUCCUGCAGGCAGGUCUGCCAGCCAACCAGACAGCAGUUCUGGGCAGUGAUGUGGAGUUCCAUUGUAAGGUGUACAGUGAUGCACAGCCACAUAUCCAGUGGCUAAAGCACGUGGAGGUGAAUGGCAGCAAGGUGGGACCUGAUGGCACGCCCUACGUCACCGUGCUCAAGUCUUGGAUCAGUGAGAAUGUGGAGGCAGACGCACGCCUCCGCCUGGCCAAUGUGUCGGAGCGGGAUGGGGGCGAGUACCUCUGUCGAGCCACCAAUUUCAUAGGCGUGGCUGAGAAGGCCUUUUGGCUGCGCGUUCACAGGCCCCAAGCAGCCGAGGAGGAGCUGAUGGAGGCUGAUGAGGCUGGCAGCGUGUAUGCAGGCGUCCUCAGCUAUGGGGUGGGCUUCUUCCUCUUCAUCCUGGUGGUGGCAGCUGUGACGCUUUGUCGCCUGCGCAGUCCCCCCAAGAAGGGCCUGGGCUCUCCCACCGUGCACAAGGUCUCCCGCUUCCCGCUUAAGCGACAGGUAACAGUGUCCUUGGAGUCCAACUCAUCCAUGAACUCCAACACACCCCUGGUCCGCAUCGCCCGGCUAUCUUCAGGAGAAGGCCCUGUGCUAGCCAAUGUUUCUGAGCUUGAACUGCCUGCCGACCCCAAGUGGGAACUGUCCCGUGCCAGGCUGACCCUGGGCAAGCCUCUUGGGGAGGGCUGCUUUGGCCAGGUUGUCAUGGCAGAGGCCAUUGGCAUCGACAAGGACCGUGCUGCCAAACCUGUCACUGUGGCCGUGAAGAUGCUGAAAGACGAUGCCACUGACAAGGACCUGUCUGACCUGGUGUCUGAGAUGGAGAUGAUGAAGAUGAUUGGCAAGCACAAGAACAUCAUCAACCUGUUGGGGGCUUGCACGCAGGGUGGUCCCCUGUAUGUGCUGGUGGAGUAUGCAGCGAAGGGCAACCUGAGGGAGUACCUGCGGGCACGCCGGCCUCCCGGCAUGGACUACUCCUUUGACACUUGCAGGCUGCCAGAAGAGCAGCUCACCUGUAAGGACCUGGUGUCUUGUGCCUAUCAGGUGGCCCGGGGCAUGGAGUACCUUGCCUCCCAGAAGUGCAUUCACAGAGACCUGGCUGCCCGCAAUGUGCUGGUGACUGAGGACAAUGUGAUGAAAAUUGCAGACUUCGGCCUGGCUCGCGAUGUACACAACCUGGACUAUUACAAGAAGACCACAAAUGGCCGGCUGCCUGUGAAGUGGAUGGCGCCUGAAGCCCUGUUUGACCGAGUGUACACCCACCAGAGUGAUGUCUGGUCCUUUGGGGUCUUGCUCUGGGAAAUCUUCACACUGGGGGGAUCGCCAUACCCUGGCAUCCCCGUGGAAGAACUUUUCAAGUUGCUGAAGGAGGGCCACCGUAUGGACAAACCAGCUAACUGCACACAUGACCUGUACAUGAUCAUGCGGGAGUGCUGGCAUGCUGUGCCCUCACAGAGGCCCACCUUUAAGCAACUAGUGGAGGAUUUGGAUCGCAUCCUCACUGUGACAUCCACUGAUGAAUACCUGGACCUGUCCGUGCCUUUUGAGCAGUACUCACCAGGAGGCCAGGACACUCCCAGUUCCAGCUCCUCAGGGGAUGACUCUGUGUUCACCCAUGACCUGCUGCCUCCAGCCCCAUCCAGCAGCGGGGGACCUCGGACGUGAAGGGCUGCCAAUAUUACAGGCCAAGCCCCAGCCAAUGUUUACUUUGACCCCAGCUCACCCUACUGCUGCUGGUGUGCAGUGAUCCUGGCCAGUCCAAUGUGACGGGCAGAUAACAGACAGGACUUGCUGUGUGUGUGCGCACGUGUGUGUGUGUACAUGUACUUGGCCCCUGGGUGCAGAGCCCCCCUGGGAACCUGUGCUGCUUUACAGUAAUCUCCUGACUGGCCAGGGUCAGGAGCACCAAGGGGCCUUUGUUCUGGGGCCACCAAAUGUAGAAUGUAAGGGAGCUCACCCUGUGGUCUUGGCUUCAUCUCCCACCACCACCCCACAGGGACCAUCAGAGAGGGCUGGGCUCUAUGUCCAGGGUGGGUCUUGGCCUCUCUAGUGCCCAAAGCUGAGCCUCCAGGGAAGCCUCACCCCACUUGUGGCGAGCCUCCCUCCUACAUGGCACCUUGUGCCUGGAAGUGAGUUAUAACUCCUCACCUCUAGGCCUCCUUACUUCUUACCCUGCCCCUUAGUGAUUGAAAUUACGGGUACCUGAAGGUGGGAGCCAUUAACUUCUAUCCGAAAGGUUUGUUCCAGAAGCAAGUGUACAUUUAUAUAAAUAGAUGUGGUGUAUGAUAUAUAUAUACAUAUAUACAUAUAUAUAUAUAUAUAUAUAUAUAUAAUAUCUAUGUGGAAGAAGGCAAGGCUGAGACCCAGGGGAGUAAAAGGCCCCAUGGGGGCUUGCUGGAGAGAAUGCAGAAGUGAGCCAGAGGAGCAAAGGGCUUUUCUGGCGCCACAGUUUUGUUUGUACCUGGACCUGUAUAUUUGUAAAGCUAUUUAUCAACCCCCAUUGCCCUGGUACCCCACAUUGAUAGUGUUUGGCCAGCUGUGUGGCAGAGAGAUUUAAGUUUUAACUUAUUAACAGCUGAGGAGCUUUAUGCUUCAUUUUGAGGGGCUGUUGAAAAUGUCUGACCAAGGCCUGAGGCAGCCCCUUGGAACCUGAGCAGCCCUCUUAGUUGGAAGUGGCUUCAGUGAACCUUUUUAAAAAAGAAUUUCCUUUGGCCCUCUUUCACAGGAGAAUUAGAUUUCUAUAGGAUCUUUCUCUAGGAGAUUUAUUUUUUUGGACUUCAAAGUGAACUGGUAUUUUCAUACAGAUUCUUCUAAUUGCUGCAUAUUCCUGGCAGGAGCCUGUACCCAGGGAGGGGCCAGCCCUGCAUGCAGGUUCAGAUGUUAUUAGAUGUUACAAGUUUAUAUAUAUCUAUAUAUAUAUAAUUUAUUGAGUUUUUACAAGAUGUAUUUGCUGUAGACUUAACACUUCUUACGCAACACUUCUAGACUUUUAUAGCCUGGACUAGCUUGGGAGAGAAAGCCGUGAAUUCAGUUUUGUUACUUUUUGUACUGUUACUGGGUCCCAAGCUUGGAUGGCUAUUCUGUGUCUGCCAAACAGAAGAGCCAGAGAAAUGGUUCAGGGCAACUCUUGGGGGCACAGCAUGUGGUUUGUCAGCCCACACUGGCAGACUUGGUUUUAUUAACCCAGCCAACAAGCUUUCCAAAAAAUAAAGAUACAACUGGUUUUGAUUUC